CGAACUUUCUCAGUCAUGCUUCAUAACUCAGAGGCUAUGCAUACCCCAGCUGAUUUGCAAAUUUCAGACUUCGUUGUCAUAGUUCAUUAAUUUUCAUGUUCUGAAUUGACCCAUUUCUAGGUAUGGCGUUCAUCAGUGCACUUCUACAUGAAUCCAUCCGUACUAAUGGUGAGCCUUGUUUAUUUAAAUUAUUUUCGCUUAUACUUUAAAUGACCCACUUCCGCUUUAAAACUAUCCGCUUUCUAUUACUUCUAAUGGAUGUUCCGUGUUAGAUCACAGCCGACUUCUAAUUGCAAAGAUCUCCUUAAAUUUCAUAAACAAGUGGUUUUCCCUUCAAUUUCGUCGGAUAUUGUACCAGAGCAAUGGCUCUAAAUAAUUAAAGGUCGGAGUACAUGCCACGUAACGCCUUCACUAACGAUCGGGUGUAAUGCCUGACUUGCGAACUUGCUAAGCAUGAUCAACUCUCUCUCGAUCGACCACCCUUAUCGUAGAAAAAAGGAAAAAAAGAAAAAUCAAAACAAAACCAGCGAGCCGCAGACUGAUAAAUUCCGCAGAUCAUCACAUCAUCAUAUCUUAUCAGUCAAAUUGAUGCAAAUAAACAAAAUCAAAGUCCCUCUGAAAAACCUCAUCCCAAGUGAGCUGAAACUCUUCAGAACGGCGCCUAGUGCCAUUCAUUCUUGUUUUUUUUACUAAUAUUAUUUUGUGACAAUAAUGUUUGCUAUUCGACAUAUGUUCCUCACUAAGCCUUAAAAUCAUUUUAUCAAUAAACACUUCUAAUCACAUUGUCACACGAUUGGGAUGUUGCAUAUUAAAUUUCUUUUAAGCGGCGCAAAGGUUUAACCCCAUCUUGUGGAUGGUCACUCAUCGGUGACACGAAAACAAAAUAAUUAUUUCAAAUUUCUGUUCACUAAAGCGGGUGCGGACGCUCAAAAUACUUAAAUAGUGGUCGUUUAAGAAAGAGGUUUUGGAACAGUAUCUGACUGACAAACAAAGGGAUCACAAAGUGGUCGCUUAAGAGAAGAAGUCGAUGACGCAAGUGGUCAUUAAAUAUAAUUGGUCGUAUUCAAUCUUCAUCUCUAUCAUGAUACUCUCUUAUCAGCAUUAACCCUCUUAACCCUCAAGAUAUAACUCCUGAAUUAAACAUUAAGGUCACGAAAACAAAGGAAAUAGUCAUCAACCAAAGUAGCUCUUGAUUGUUAAACAACUUCUCCUUCAGAAACUUGAAAAUAUAUCGGGAACAGUAUGGAGAAUAUAUCCGCUGAUGUUAGGGUGUAGAGGGUAAAUCGAAACCUUGAAAAUUGCAUUAUCUAUCGCUAUUGUACCUGAGACUGUGGCAAAUAAACGAGGUCAAUUUUCUUUAUCCUCUUCGCGUUGGAACGUUUUUUUAAAACUGAUAUAAUUUCUGUUACCUUCAGGAACUGAAGCAAAGGAGUUUUGUUAUGAUACUCCCUUCAACGUAAGCUGCGAGAUUCUUAAAGGGGCAUAUGGAACAGUUGACUUUGUCCAAUGGAAAGCAUAUGACCCGAGAAGGAGUCAUUGGGCUUUGUUCGGAUACUGUAACAGGGAAAUGAGGUGUGAAAUUAAGAGAGCACUGUUAUCUAAUGGAAUCCAAGUUUUGCAAGUCGUGAAAGCCACCAUAACUCUACGAGCAUCAUCAAAGACCAGUACAGACAAUCAGAGCCGAUUACGCUGUAGAGUUGAUUUCGAGAGUCACACGCCCCUACCCCACGAAGUGACAAUCAACUUUGUUUAUUGUAAGUUGAACGCCUGUGAUUUUAUGCUUUUGAGAUAACAAGGCAGCGUACCAUGUAACAACACUAAAGAUAUAUGUGUAUAUAUCUAAAACAUCAUCGUAAGGAUCGGUCAAUAUUUACGAAGGGGGGAGAGGAUGGGGGUCGGAGAAUUUUGGUUGUGUAACAGUAAAAUUUACCUGAUCUCCCAUAAGGCUUUGUAAAAUUCUUAACCCCCCCCUCCGCCUCAUCGGCAGUUAAUAGGCAGUCAACUUUCUAUACCCCCCCCCCCCCAUACUCUAUUGACGACAGCUGAUCUCCCUCUGCUUCCCCUGAAAACCAUGUAAUAUUCCCUAAAAUAUUCCAACCCCCCCCCCCGCUUCUCCUAUAACUUCGACUCUUUCUGGUUAUUUUUUUUUUCAAACCAUAAACUGCCGGCAUUGGUUUUUUACCCUUAAACUACCGGCAUUGGUUAGUUUCGAUGCUCAACUGUUUAAUUUGUCGUUCUUCUACAAUUCAUCUUUAAUUCCUUUUUUUUAAACCGGUUGUAAACCGUUUAUUUUAGCGCCUCUUGAUCAACUUCAGCACAAAUAACCGAUCGCGUGCCGCAUUGUUAGAGGAGGCGGAGCUAGAGAAAAUUAACAUACCCGCGGAAGUUUUAAAAAGGGACCCCCCGGAGCCCAUGGAAGACAAAGCUAGCGGAAAAGCCGAGGCAAUGGGCGACAUUUCCAGAAAAUCACGGUUUAAUAUAACUUCCACUCUAUGCAAUCUCCCAAAAUUUUUCAUAAGGUUUCCCUAACAAUCAAGUUAAAAUCACCGUAUGGUAAAACAGCAAAAGAGUUUCUUUCACAGAAUUAUGUCCAUAAGUAGGUAAAGGGCUGUUUCCCAUACUAGCAAUAUGUAAAAAAGGCGAGUUUUUAUACCCGUUUUGAUAUGUCUUCUGGACGUCCUAAAGCAACAGCAAAGAAAGUACAGGGGGACCUCUCUAAUGUCUCUUCUUCGAAAUCCAUAUGGUACAAGUGGUUUAUUCAAAGCGAUUUUAGUGAAAACAAGAAAAAACAUGUACCCCUCUCGUGAUUUUCGGGCCAUUUUCUCUAUUGUGUGGCGUGCGUUUCGCCAAUCCAGUUUCAAAUUUACCGCUGGUGAGUCCUUAAAAGUUCCGGAUAUGUCGCGGCAUUCUGCGCAAUGACCAGAUGUGAUUAACGUGUAACUGAUCUCCCUAUAAUAUCGAUACAUUAACCAGCAUAGGGGUAUUGAGAAUACUCAAACUUAUCAGGUAGAAGUUAAUUUAGUGUUAACAACUGAGUUGAAAAAGUAAAUUAUCCACCUUAAAGGGUAAAAAAGUUGACGUUUCAAGCGUUAACCCUUCGAUAAUCGCUCUGGCGAAGGGCUAACGCUCGAAACGUCAGCUUUUUUGCCCUUUACGGUGGCUAAUUUAUGUUUUCAACUCAGUUGUUAACACUAAAUUACCUGUUACACUCUCCCACCGACGCAGCACCACAGUUUCUUUAGAAACUUACCCCUUUAUCAGGUAGAAGUCGUUAUCUUCAUUUAACACCAAAUUCUCGUAACUCAUUCCCAAGGUAAUGUGUAGCAGCAAGAGGGGAGAAUAAACAAUCAGAUCUUGUGAGUUAAAGGGUUUAAAGACUGAUAGGUUAAGCCAGGAAAGAAGAUAGACCGACGUGAAUUAACUGAAAUAACUUUCAUUGAGGCUACAUGGUAGCAUACCCCCAUGCAAGAGUUAAGAGUUUUUAAUCAUACAAUUUUAUUGCCGCUCCGUGUCGUUUCUUUCGUACCACAGGAAUAAAUAGUUCAGGAUAGCGUGGUUCAAGAAAGCUGGUUUCUCGUAACAUUUGUUGUUGAAAAUAAAAUAUUCGCGCUUACCUUUUAUCUUCCAUUUUUCAUCUUUUUCAAGGCAUCACUGCUCACAAAACAGAUGGUGAAGUGAACCUGUCUAAGUUCUUAGAAAGCAUAAUACCUUGGAAAGAAGUUGACGACGCUCGCCUCUUCGACAUUGAAGGAAUCGAGUUUGCCUAUUGUAAAAGCAAAGUUUGCGUAAGAAACAAGAGCAGUCCGUUUUCUGUUCUCUGGAACAGAACGACAGUCCAAAGUGGGUCACUGUUCCUGACUGGAAUUGAGGAAAGUGAUAGCGGUCUUAGGAUGAAGGCGAAGACAGUCUCGGCUACGUCAACGCGUCUUUACACCAUAAAGGUCCUCGUGAACAGUUCUCAAGGUAAUCGAUUCACUUUAUUGAAUGUUAAGAUGCGUAUUAUUGACAAGCACUAUUACACUAUUAGUGUCAUGUUACUGCUAUAAGGAUCAUUCUCAAAUAGGCACGCCAUCAAGACUGGGUUCUUCCACUCUCGGUUUUACCCCUUUAAUUUAUUUUCUUGCAGGCCAAAAUAGUCUUACACCCACUGCCUUGCCCAUCACAGGAACAGCCAAUUCCAGCCCGGGUUCCUCCUCUUCCGGACCUACGGGAUCUCCAUCUGAGAGCUUUGCCGGCCAUCCAACCAAGAGCAUUGUAGGAUCUCCAUCCAAGAGCGCCGCAGCAUCUACAACCCAAUGCAUUGUUCGUGCAAUAGUUACCAUUUUUCUUGCAGUUUUGGUUCCUGUAAUUUUUAUUUGGUGGCGUCUUAGAUGGAAUGGACCGUGA